GUCAAGUGACGUCAUCACCCUUUGAUUCACUUGUGUUUUUGUUGCAGCUCUUAAGCUUAUUUCGACGUCUUUAACAAUCUUAAUGUCAAAAGUAGACACUGUUUUCAACAGAAAAGACACGGUUAAGACGUUUUUGUCUGAGGGCUCUUAUGGCACUACAAUCUUGAAUGCUGAUGUGGUAAAACAACUUAGUCUACGAUGGAUAUCGAUACAGACUCGACUGAAAGUGACACUGAAACACCAUCAGAACGUGAGUCUCUCAGUGAAGAUGAUCUGAAUUAUUCCGAAACAAAGGAAAAACUGCGGGGCAGGAUGGAGGAGAUCCGCAGCACUAUCCAAGAGAUGAUCCGGGAAAACGAGAGCGUCCCCGAAAUCGAGCGACUCGAGCUGAAGGAGUUCAACGUGGACGAGGACAGGCAAAAGAUGCACGACGCUGUGCUGGAGGAGGAAAUUUCCAAGGUGAGGGAUAGGAUUGAGAUGGAGAUUUUGGAGCGACGCUACCGGUGUGAUCUCAUCAAGAGGGACUACUGGGAUUGUCUGAAAGUUAAAGACAGGGCUGUAAAGGCCUUUCACACGGACCAGGAGGUGACAAACUACCCCCUCAAAGAGCGACUGCAAGGGGAGUUGGACGCCCUCAAAAGAGUUGAAAAUAAGAGGAUGGCGGAAAUUGCUAGGGAUCAAGAAAAGGGUGGCGAGGAUGAGGCGGAGGAGGCGUUGGCGGCCCAGGGGGGCGUCACGAGCAGCUACUCGGCCGAGCUGGGACUGUCCCACCCUUACCUCUACGACCAGUUCAGCCUGCACACCACCGAGCAGAAGCAGAACCAGAUCAUCAUGCUUCAGGAUGUGAUCUUCCAAAUCAAGGUGGCGCUCAACACGCAGUUCGACAAAGUGUACAAGCAAAAGGUGCAGGAGAUCGGCCGCGUCAAAGAGCGCAACAAGCAAGUGAGGGAGAUCCUGGAGGAGCUGGAGGUCACCGAGGACCUGUGGGUGCCCGUCCUGAGCGACAGGGAGGUGCCCGAGCGGGUGUUCGUCGUGGACGACUCCGAGAUCAAAGCCGAAAAGUACCUGACCCCAGAAGAGGAGAAGGAAAAGGAAAGGAAGAGGCUGGAGGAGCAAAAGCGCUUGGCUGCCAAGAGCGACGACGUCCGAGAAAGGGCCCUCGAUGACAUGAUGGACGGCGUUCUGGAAGUGAAAAAAGACAGCCUCUUGAAAGCGGAAGUGCCCCAGCCCGAGUUUGUUCUGGCCAAACCCGACAACGAGUGGAGCGAAGAGGAGAAAAAGCAGUUCAAAGAAUACGAAAAGAAAGUCAAAGAGCUGAACACGGAGAAGGAGAAGUACAGAAAGUCGCUGGAAAACGAAAUCAAAGGCCUGCAGAAAGCCACCAAAGAGGCCACGGAACGUUUUGACGAAGGCUUGAAAAAGCUCUUUGAGCGGAAAAUUAAGUCGGACAUGGCCAUAUGUCAGGAAGAACUGAAGAUUAAAACUCUUAACUACUCCGUGCUCAUGGAGGAGGUGAUGAGGAACGAAGAAAUAGAUCUGGCGCAAAAACUGAAGGAAACGUCCGCACAGAGGAAAAAAAAGGCCGACGACUUGGAGAAGUUUGAAAAAGAAGUGGAGUCGUUCCAGGAGAGCUACGACAACCUCGUGGCGGACGAUAAAGCUCAGGAUAAAGACUUCCGGAAGGAGUUCGCCAGCGUCCACAAGGCCCACGUCGAUCAGCUGUAUAAACUGUUCAAGCGGAGACCGAGAGGUCAUAAGAGGAAUGCCAUGGAGGAGUUGGACUCUCAGCGGAACAUGCCGGAGGGAUUGACCCCGCCGGUGUGGGAGAGGUUUUGUCAAAUCCGCAGAACAAAAAUAGACACAGAGCACAAGAUCAAGGCCUCAGCGGCCACUCUGGCUGAGAUGGAAGCGAGCCUGCAAAAGAAGCGAGAAGAGGACGAGACGGCUGAGCAGGAAAUUGAGUAUCUCGCAGUAGAACUUGAAAACCUGCGCGAGGAGAAGAAGAACUUCCUGACGGACAUCACGGUCCAGUUCCUUCUCAAACAGGGCCAAGUGGAGGUGACCAACACGGAUCUCAUCCCCGACUACAGCGAGUCGAUUCUUCUCCACCGGGGGAAGGUGGAAGAGCUCAACCGCACCAUCCGGACCCUCGGCGAGCAGAAGAUCGCCGUGAUGGUGCAGACCAAAGACUUCCGUAAGGGAAUCAUCCAGGUGGAGUGGGACAACACCAUGAGGAGGAUGCAGAUUGAGGAUCUCAAGAACAAAGAACGGGACAUCCAGAAGCUGCGACUCACAGAGGAUCACAAAGAGUAUCUCAAGACGGACAGCGACAGUCGCGUGUGCAAGCAGGCGAUCUCUAUGAAGGAGACGCAGGCCCUGCAGCUCAAGACUUAUCAAAAGGACGUGAAGUAUCGCAAACAAAAAAUCAGACACCUCCAAGCUCAGGCGGCCAUGAAGGAAAAGAAGAACAUCGCUUUGGACAAGCAGAUCCAGGACAUGCACGUGACCGUGUCGCAGAUGCGACAUAUCUACGAAGCCUCAGCCACGGAGGAAAACGAGGCGGCGAACACCGAGCAGCGGUACCAAGAGGUCCUGCUUGUGCAGCGGCUGAAGGACAAAGCCCGGUUCCAGAUGGAGAAGCUGGCGUUUCUCAGCGCCGAGGCGCAACGUUUGAGGAUGAGGAAAGUCCCUUCGCUGGUGCAGAUCAAAUACGACUGAGCCUUCCGCCGA